AUAUUUGGCUCGCAAUGGGUGCUCAAUUUCAACAAGAAGAUAGGUGAUGCCCUCUCUGACAAUGUCGAGUGGAUGGGCAUUCGCCGUCGAUCAGAAAGCGGCCCUCCUGUGAAGCUUCUCGAUUAUGCUUGCGGUUACGGCAUGGUAUCGAGCGUGCUUUCGGGACAAUUCGACGUCAUAAAAGGUAUUGACAUAUCCGAUGCUAGCGUCGCAGCAUACAACGAGAUGGCUCAACAGUCGGGGUUUCCACCUAGUAAGAUGUUUGCAGUCCAGGGCUCCAUCCCUUUAACAUCGACGGACACAUUGCUAGCCACGGAAGAUUUCUUCGACUUCGAUUUAAUCACCAUCUGUAUGGCCCUCCACCAUAUUGAGGAUCGUGCUGGUGUUAUAUCCGGCCUCUACGAUCGGCUCCGCGGCGGUAGUGUCUUGGUGGUCGUUGAC